GCAGCAGCUCCAGGUGCCGCUCGGCCGCCUCAGCCGCCAUGGGCCCGCUCCGUGACCCCCGCUCCUUCCGCUUCCGACCGGGUCACCGCGAUGGCGGCGGCGGUGGCGGCCGGGGUCCGGCUCCGGGGGGCAGCCUUCCUGCUUUCCACUGCGGUCCGGCACCAGAGCUCCCAGAGAUCCUCACCACACCAAGGGCUCGUUGCCAAAACCUCUCUGUCCUCACCCCCAUGGCCCGAAGUGAAACUCCCAGAUCCAGUAGAAGAAGCAAAGUACCAUGCAGAGCUGGUCCGCAGGGUGAAUGGGCUCAUCGCAGCAGGGCACUACGGCCGCCUCUUCGCCGUGGUGCACUUUGCCAGCAAGCAGUGGAAGGUCACCAGUGAGGACCUCAUCAUGAUGGACAACGUGCUGGAGGCCGAGUGUGGAGACCGGAUCCGCAUGGAAAAGGUCCUGCUGGUUGGUGCUGACGACUUCACGCUGAUCGGAAGGCCGCUCCUGGGGAAGGAGCUGGUGCGUGUGGAGGCCACAGUGAUCGAGAAGACAGAGUCGUGGCCGAGAAUCAACGUGCGCUUUCGGAGGAAGCGCAACUACCAAAGGACACAAAUCAUUGUGAACCCACAGACCGUCCUCCGGAUCAACACCAUCGAAGUCUUCCCCUGCUUGUCGUGAUGGACUGAUGGGUGAUGGGCUUAGCUCUGUUGCUGCUUGCAGCAUAUAUGGAAAUAAAACUGCCUGUCAUUGGGAAGCUCUGGA